AUGAUCGGCAAGAGCAGAUCUCCCAAAAUGCGGCGCAAGGAAACACCAAGUGUGAGCGGACAGCGGCUACGAGAAGCCCAAAACUGCCGAUGUUCCCCUUUUUGUUUCAGAUUCGGUUGGCUUGGGCCUGUCGGAGGCUUGGGGUCUACACACACAAUGGACAAUCUGGCUCCGGCAAUGGUUGUUGUGCGCGGUUGUAUCCAUCGUUUAGACUACAUGGAUCCGCAUCCCGGACCAGGUUGA